AUGGCCGUGCGGGUCUCCUCCCCACGCCGGCCGGGUGCGGGUGGCAGCAGCGGCAGCCCCACGCUGUCCAGGGUGCCCUGGCGGCCCGGGCUUAGCUCGGGAACCUCCCCACUGCGGCAGGCGCGUGCCGCAUCGGGCACGCCGGCGACAAGGUCGGCUGCCAGGAGUAUUUCCCCGAAGCUGAGCUGCAACGGCCCAUCUCCAGUGGCUGCGAGCCGCGUCCGAGACACUACGCCGCGGCGACCCCAACGGGACCAGGCGCUCCAGUUUCUGCACGUCGAGCAGAUGCUGCCUCCCAGUGCCGCCCCUGCCGAGUCGGGGCCUCUCUGCGAACUCGAGAAGCCGAAGUGGUCACAAAAUGUUCACGUUCCGCAGCGGCACAGCGAGAGCUUCACGCAGUUGCGCAACUCCCGGCCCAGCUGGUCCCGGGACUUCCGCGAACCGACGCUGCCCACAAAGGUGGGACUGAAUCGAAUCGUGCUGGUAUCCAACCCAGAAAGUUUCGGUAAGGGCCUAGGGGAGCGUCUGAGCUUCUACGCUACUCCACCCCUGAGGCUUAACCUUCCGGACUUCUCUCUUAGGCGGCCAAAGCUGCGCAAGCCAGCGCGGGCGCAGCACAAGAGGUGUGCCAGCAAUCAGCCGUUUUCCAAACGACCCGGCGUUUAUGUUCACGUCGCGGCCUCCCGGAUUCAGCGCGCCUGGCGCAUCUCGCGUUGGCGUCGUGCCUUCACUCUCUAUGCGGAGCACCAGGCUGGUUGGGUGGGAAGCCUAGAUUGGCUACAUCGGAACAACAUGAUCUACGGCACUGAAGUUGCGGAGCAGGAGGACGAGGAAGAGUGGUGCCACGAGAAGUACGUGGCAGCCCCUGACGCAGAGGUGGAUCCAUGGGGAAACAACCAGCUCCGGCAGCACCUGCAAAAGAUGUGGGACCGGGAACCCGACAAGUCGAAAGAAUCGAAGCCGGAGAUGAAGCCGAAAGCCCACAUUGUUGCUGGCGUACACGUCUCGCCAUCAUCGGCGCAAUGCCGGCAGCCGGCACAGCCCUCUCAGCCCUCGGCGCAGAUGAAGCGGCCCCUGGGCUCCAGAAGCCGAAGCCGCGAGGUGCAGGGCCUUUGGAUUCCGUUCAGUGGCGCAGCUGGCGUCGCAGCAGAAGCCAGUUCCGUGCAGGAUUUCCACGGAGGUGCCCAGAAGAGAAGCCCAGCCCGCGGAGGCAAAGCUGAAGACGGUCAGCCCAACUGCCACCGCAGUGCCAGCUGGAGCACAAAGACUGUCCUCUACGUCCGAGCGUUUCGUUGCUGGAAUCCCGGCAUCGCGGCGGCUUUCCUUCACGCAUUCCCCACAGGCGCCUGGGAUUCAUUGGUGAUGGCAGAACCUAACUACCUACUUAUCGCGAGUGCCAAAAACUACCUACUUAUCACAGAGAACACCGCAUUUUAUUGGGAGUUGGGAACUAAGUUGAUGCGAACGAUGCCGCCUUCCAUCGCCACAGCGGCGGCGCUGCUUUCGCCACGCUGUGAGCAACGUGGGGCGGAAGCCUUGCCUGUGGGCAAGGCUCCGGCUCCUUGGUUCGCUGCAGGCAUCUGUGCCUCAGGGGCCCCACCACACUCCCCGAAGAGCCCCAUGCAACUGCCUAAAUCGCCCCCGACGGCCACGGGGCCAGCGCUGCCAGCGGCAGUGAGGACCAUUCACGCCGUGCCAGUGACGCAUGCGCUGGCCUCCCUUCCGCUGCGCCCACGCGCGGUCUCUCCAGCUCCGGUGCAGGAAGCCUCCAUUCUUCCGCAAGCUUCGCUGCAGCGAAUGCUUUCGUGGUGGUCUCACAAAAUUAGGCCGGCGACCGGCGAGCACAACGGGCAUCCGCCCGUGCUUGAAGUCAUAAGUCUGAAGCCAGCUCGACAUGCCUCCCUGGGGCCAUGGUGCGGAUGGACCUUUGCCAUCCUGAAGGGGUGGAUCAAGCUUAGGCUGGUGGGCAAGGAAGCGCCCGACCAGUCGUCGCCCUUUGUCCAGGGUGAUGACCGCAAGUGCUUGGAUGCCGUUUGGGAGGUGGCAGAGGUCGACCUUGUCGACCAGGAAGCCGCGGACAAGACGCGGCGGAAGCGGCACCGCUACGUCUUCACGAAGCUCCGCGCCUUCCAGGUCCCUUACAGGAAGCUCAUCUUUUUCGACCUGGACAUCAUUAUCCGCUCCUCACCGAAAGAGCUGUUCCAGGUCACCGCGCCGGCGGGCAUGUACCAUGGCCACUGGAACCGUGACCAAGCGGCGCACGGGCAGGAGAUCCCAGCCGAGGCGUUUUACAAUGAUGACUACGGCGUCUAUGGCUGCAUAAACGCUGGCCUGAUGCGUCUGGACACCCUGCCCACUGCGGAGCAGCGCAGGCAGUUCACAGACGAGAUGCUGAAGGAGGUCGGCGAGCUCAAGGAGCGUGACCAGUCCUACUUGCCGGAGCAGUACUUCCUGGUCAAGAAGUUGCCGGUGUGGCGACACAUAGAAGUCAAGUGGAACUGCGAGGUGAACCCCUUGCGCCACAUGGACACGCGCGGCAAGGGCCUCGUCACUGCGGACGAAGAGAUGCCCAAAGAUUGGCUGCAGCUGGGAGACAGCGAGGAUGAACUUCGUGAGAAGGUGGCUAUGUUCCACUUCAGCGGCAAGUGGCUCGAGCCGUGGUGGUUCUUGGACAAGCCUCCGCGGGAGGCCUUGGCAUUCGCAAAGAAACAGUUCCAGAACCAAGAUCCGCGUGGCAUGAUAGCUCUGUCAGUGGCGGAGUGGCUCUCUGCAGUGGAGGAGAUGGAGACCAGCGACAUCUUCGGAGAGCAGGCCGACAACCUCCGCUACAACAUCGACUAUCUGCGAUUCAAAGCAGACCAGUGGUGGAAAAACGACUCGGUGACCUGCAGCCGCUGUGGGUGCAAGAACGAGUGGUAUGCGCAGUACAAAGACUACUGCGAGGAGUGCGAAGUGAGGCGGGGGAUGAGCCGGAUCCAGAGCGGGCGAAGUUCUUCUUGCGACUCCCGGCAUUCCACGAGCACUCCGAAGACGAGGUCGCCACUCGUUUUGUGCCACCCAGGCGCCGAUACCUGCCGCUUGCCCGGCGGCCAGCGCAGCAAGCGCAAGAAACGCUCGAAAAGGCAGCCUUCUGCCAAAAUCAAGCGUGGCCAACAUCGCCUGGUGUCACAUUCGAGAAGUCCGCAAGCACUGUCGCAGUGA